AUGGUACAAGGUGGCAAGUUCAAAAUCAAACGAGCAUAUCAAUCCAUGAUGCCUCAACUGCCUAAGGUUCCAUGGAAGAAUAUAAUAUUGCAUAAGCAAGUGCACCCGAGGUUCAAAUUCAUAUUAUUGUUUGCAGUGCAACAAAGGUUGGCAACAGUAGUGAGGCUUCAGAAAAUAGGAAUUCAAGUUCCAAUGAACUACAUAUUUUGUAAUGGAGAUACAAAAACUUUUGACCACCUAUUCUUCAGAUGCCCAUACAGUAACCAGGUGUGGAGAAGAAUGUUAAGUUGGCUGCAACUUAGAAGAAGCAUUGGCACAUGGCAGCAGGAGCUUGAUUGGAUGAGCAAAGUAGCUAAGAAGAAGGGAGCUUAUGCUGAAACCAUUUACAACACAUUUGCGAUGGUUGUCUACAACAUAUGA